AUCGUCAGUCUACGCUUUGGAUGCGAGCGGAGCGCACGUCCUUCUUCCCAUCAACUCUGCGAUCGUAAUUAAUAUUGCCGAAAAUUUUGCUUGUGUACUGUGACUUGACUGGAUUUUGGGGUAUAGUGCUUCUGUGGAUGCUGUAAUUAAGUGACUGAUUAUUGAAUAUAAUUUAUAGCUACAUAUAUGGACUUUUACAAAGAAUUGGCGGGUUAUACGGUUAAAUAAGAUUGUAAGCAGUCUCCAAGUCCAGCUCAUGACUUUAACUGACUCACCUUUAUAACAUCAAGCUACUGCCUAACUUAGGUACUCAGAAGAGUUUAUAUGAAAUGUUAUGGGCUCACGCGGCGUAGCACACUGGAGCUGGGUGGUAGUGGUAGCGUGGGCGUGGAGCGCUGCAGCGCGCACAUUAUGUCCGCCACGAUGCGAAUGCGACGACGCGCUCAGAGCUGCAUCGUGCGCCAAUGCAGGCCUCGAAAUAGUGCCUAUACAACUCAACCCAGAAGCAACACAAAUAAACCUAACCCACAACUCUAUCGACAAUCUUCUAUACACUUUCGGCUUUUAUACCCAACUAACCAUCCUCGACAUUUCGUACAACAAAGUACAAGACUUAGGAAGUAGGAAUUUUGAUAACAACAUCGAAAUGACCCAUCUAAACGUGAGUCACAAUGCUCUCAGAAAGUUAGACAAAGACACAUUCAUUGGUCUUAAGAGACUCGUCGAUCUGAAUUUAUCUAAUAACGAAAUAUCUACUAUAGAUGCACUAACUUUCAAAGAUCUAACAGUAUUAGAGAGACUCGAUAUGUCUAAUAAUAAAUUAGUGACUUUUGAAUCAGAUACGUUUGAACCGCUAUCUUCACUUCGGAUUUUAUAUUUAAAAAAUAACUCUAUACUGGAAAUACCAUCCGUCAAUUUAUUGACAAUUAUAAGUCUAGAGUUUUUAGAUCUCUCAGAAAAUUUGAUACAAAUUAUACCAAAGCAUGGGGUGCCGUACUUGAAGGAAUUAAAACAUUUAGAUCUGAACAAUAAUAUAAUAGAAGAAAUCGAUCACUUGGGCCUUCACAACUUACCUUCUUUGCGACACUUAGACCUUAGCGAUAACAACAUGACUACAAUUCCAACAUCAGCUUUGUCAAAGUUGUCGAAUUUGUCUCACUUGUAUUUGAGCGGAAAUUUCUUCCAUAAUGUAUCAGCGUUGUCUUUUCAAAGCCUCUUUCAUUUGAAACAUUUACACUUAAGUAGGAUAUACAAUUUAGAAAAAAUUGAUUUCAGAGCAUUUGUUGAUAAUAUAAAUCUACAAAAGAUAUGGAUGAAUGAAAACUUAAGAGUAAAGGAAGUGCCUCCGAGAUUAUUCCAUGGGAAUCCUAAGCUGACACACGUUUAUAUGAGAAACAAUGCUUUAGAAACCCUCGAAGCUUCACACUUUCCAAUUGAUACUUUACAAGAACUUGAAAUAUCGGGAAAUCCAUUUGUAUGUAACUGUUCAUUAGUAUGGUUAUGGAAUCUUAUAAGAGAAUGUGAACUUCGGAGCCGAAAAAGUGAAAAUACUAGUACGAUACUUAAAAUUGAUUAUGAAGAUGUAAAAUGUGCUGCACCAGAGCAUUUGAAGGGAAUUAGUUUUAUUCAAAUUCCCGAGUCAGAGUUUGGCUGCUCUAGUGGGUGGGUUAUAGUCGCUAUAGUGGUGAUGACUGUAAGCAUCAUUACUAGCAUUGUUGGUGGAGUAUUGUACUUUAUUGGACCUCUAAAGAAAUGUAAAGGAGACAAAUCAAAGCAAGUUAUGACUAGCGUUAUGCUUAACGGUGAUGUUUCAAAAUUGGGCAACGGAUUAGUUUACACAACCCGUGGUAGAGAAACUGAUAGUAAAAGGGAGGUCGAUAAAUACUUAAUGAUCGGUUCGUCUGUUACUAACAACUUCCAUUCAUUAAAUCCGCCCUGGCAGGCCAUGGAUAAGAACCCUUAUUACCAGGAAGAUAGUGAUGAGCACAUUUAUCAACAGUUUGCUUAUGAAACUAUUCCCCCACACAGGACCCCAGAGAAACCACACAUAGUGUAUGUGUAACAUAAGGUUAUAGUGAUGAACUUUGUCAAAAGCGCAAACAAUUUUAUAAGACGUUUAAUAAGAGACAAUUGAUAUGUGAACGAGUAACCUGCAAUAAUGUAAAUAAUGUUAUGAAGAUGUGAUAGCUUUGUAUAUAAAGAUGUAUAUAGAUUAAUUUUUAAAUAUUUUCGAAUUUGUACUUAACUUGUUUAGAUAUAAUGUGAAUAUUUUCCUUGAUAUUUUAAUGUACAGUUGAGAUAUUAUUAGCUGUUAAUAUGUUUUAGAUUCGUACAGAUUUUCCUUUCCUUACCUCAAGUAUGUAUUUUACAAUUGUGUAUACUGUAAUUAUAUUGUUUCGGUAUAAUUUACAUUUUGGUUAUUUAUGUAGUUCCUCAGACAUUAUGGGUAGUUCCAUUAAUAUACCUAGGUAUUAAAAUACUUAAAACUUGUAAUUAUAUCGUAGUUAUUAUAUUUUCUGGAAUAAAACACCAAUAUUUAAUGAAAACUUUGUACAAAAAUGAGCAAUAUAGAAUACUUCCUUCAUAUUAUAAUAAAAUACGUUAACUUUUAUUAUUGAGAGUAUUGUUAAAGUAUACUAAUGUAUUUAGGAAAAAAAUAUUCGCUUGAACAGCACAUGGAAAUUUUGGAUGAAAAGCGAGUUUCAUAAGCGCGAGAUAUAUUUUUAUGCCUCCAUAGUUAGUACAAAUCGCAUUAAAUCACGUAAAUAGAGAGCUUUGAAAUAAUUAGGAUCAUUUCCUAAUAUUGUACCAUUUUAAUUGCAUGUUGUGUUUGCCUUUUAUAAGAAUUAUGACAAUCAAAGUACUUUAAAACGAUGCUUUUUUCCAACUCAAUGAACAUUGAACUCUUCUGAAUAUGUUACCUGUAAUACCAUCGCUAAUAGCACAGCACCGAUGGUCAGUCAUACUUUUCAACGCUAUGAACUUCUCUUUUGCGACUGAAUGUAAUAUUCGUAGUUUAAAUCGCCAUUUAUUUCGCGUUAAAUAUUCUAACUUGAAUAACUAACUCGCAUAACUAACAAGUUGAAUAAUUAACCGUCAGCUUGCUAACUGCGAUGUUACUUUUAGUUUUUGCUUUCCAUUACCGCCCGUUGCGUUCAUAAAAC